AUGAAAUUCUUUGUUUGUACAUGUGUUAUUUUUUAUUUCAUUUUGAAUGCUCUUGGAGAAGUACAACACACAUGCAAACUUUUAGACCAGUUUGAUUUGAAUGGAUUGUAUAAGCAUGGAGAUAUUAUUUUGGGAGGUAUUUUUGUAUUAAGCUUCAAAACUGUAAUUCCAGAUUUGUCAUUCAGAUUUAAGCCUCAACAAUGGCACUGUAAUGGUUUUGAAAUUUCAGAAUUUCAGCGGAUUCAAACCAUGAUCUUUGCUAUUGAGGAAAUUAACAAGGACCAGGCUCUUCUCCCAAACAUAACUCUGGGAUAUAGAAUGUAUGACAAUUGUGUAACCCUCCCAAUCGCUCUGAGAGCAGCCAUUUCUCUUUUAAGUGGGCUUGAAGCAAACAUGACUCUUGAAGACUGCAGCAAGUCUCCUCCUGUUCUUGCAGUUUUAGGAGAUCCUCUGUCAUCCCAUUCUAUUGCUAUGUCAAGGAUUUUGAGUCUUUUUCGUGUACCUAUGGUCAGCCAUUAUGCCACAUGUUCCUGCUUAAGCAAUAAGCAGGAGUUUCCCUCAUUUUUCAGGACAAUUCCAAGUGAUGCAUUUCAAGUUAAAGCCAUAAUUCAAAUUAUUAAGCAAUACAGAUGGAUAUGGAUAGGCGCCAUAGCAAGUGAUGAUGAUUAUGGACAAAAUGCAAUUAAGAUCUUCAUGGAGGAAGUCAACCAGUUUGGCUGCAUAGCCUUUAUAGAAACUAUUCCAACUGUGUACAGAAAAGUAAAAAUUCUUCAGAUAGUGAAUACAAUCAAACUGUCUACUGCAAAAGUUAUUGUUGCCUUUUCUGGUGAAAUUGAAUUAAAUGCUUUGGUUACAGAAGUCAUUUACCAGAAUAUUACUGGCAGGCAGUGGAUUGCAAGUGAAGCUUGGAGUACAUCAUCUUUAUUAGCAAGUAAAGAGAACUUUGCCUCCUUUGGUGGAACAAUAGGCAUUGCUGUUCGCAGAGGUGAGAUACCAAAGCUGGAAAACUUUUUGCUUAAUUCACAUCCUGAUUUUAAUUCUAAUAAUAGAUUGGUCAUCCAGUUUUGGGAAGAAUUAUUUAAGUGCAAAUUUCCCCAAAGUAUAAGAGAACAAAAUGAAUCCAUACUGUUAAGCAGCAGAAUUUGUACUGGAACAGAAGACAUGAACAGUGUUAAAUCUGGCUAUGGUGAUGUUUCCGAACUACGGUCUUCCUAUAAUGUUUAUAAAGCUGUGUAUGCCAUCGCACAAGCCCUACACAACUUAAUGAAUUGUGAAAAUGGAAACGGCCCCUUUGAAAGCCGUUCUUGUGCAGAUAUCAAAAGUGCACAGCCAUGGCAGCUCCUGCAUUAUUUGAAAAAAGUAAACUUCACAAACCAGCUGGGAGAAAGGGUGGCAUUUGAUGAAAAUGGAGAUGCUAUUGCAAUUUACGACAUUGUAAACUGGCAAAUGACUGACCAAGGAACAGUGGCAAUUAAUACCAUUGGUGUCUAUGAUGAAUCAAAACCUGCUGAACAGAAAAUAUCACUUAAGGAAGAUAAAAUCUUUUGGAACUUUGAAAAUGGAAAGGCUCCAGUCUCAGUUUGCAGUAGCAGUUGUUUGCCUGGCACAAGAAAAGUGCCACGAAAAGGAGAACCAAUUUGCUGUUUUGAUUGCAUUGCUUGCUCAGAUGGAGAGGUCAGCAGGCAAGUAGAUGCAACAACAUGUGUAAAAUGUGCACCAGACUUCUGGUCUAACUUUGGAAGAAAUGAGUGUUUAUUGAAGGAAAUGGAAUUUCUUUCAUAUGAAGAGCCUAUGGGAAUCACAUUAACAACUGUAGCAAUAGUGGGAGCCUGUUUUUCUGUUGCUGUAUUGGGAUUAUUCAUACACUUCAGGAGCACACCAGUAGUUAAAGCUAACAAUUCUGAACUGAGUUUCUUUCUACUUGCAUCCUUAACACUGUGCUUCCUUUGCACUUUGUGCUUUGUUGGACAGCCUUCUAAACUAACCUGUAUGCUGAGACAUGUUGUGUUUGGCAUCAGCUUUGUUCUCUGCGUUUCUUGCAUUCUGGUUAAAACUAUUGUAGUUAUAAUGGCAUUUAAAUCCUCACUUCCUGGCAGUAAUGCAAUGAAAUGGUUUGGUAUUGCCCAGCAAAGAAGCACCGUCUUUUUCUUUACUUUUGUUCAGUCUCUGAUAUGUAUAGUAUGGCUAACCACAGCUCCUCCUAUCCCAGCUAAAAACACUAAAUACCAAGCUGCUAAAAUUAUUUUGGAGUGUGAUCUUGGAUCUCUAGUUGGGUUUAGCUUCAUUCUGGGAUAUAUUGGCCUAUUGGCGGCAGUAUGCUUUGUUAUUGCAUUUCUUGCAAGGAAUUUGCCAGACAAUUUCAAUGAAGCCAGAUUUAUCACUUUCAGCAUGUUGAUUUUCUGUGCGGUUUGGAUAACUUUUAUUCCAGCUUAUAUAAGCUCUCCAGGGAAGCACACAGUAGCUGUGGAGAUUUUUGCAAUCUUAGCAUCAAGUUUUGGAGUACUUUUUGCCAUUUUUACACCUAAAUGUUAUAUUAUUAUAUUUAAACCACAGCAAAAUACAAGAAGAGCUGUAAUGAGGAGGUAAAAAUGAGAGAUAUGGUCC